AUAUCUGGACUAUUGGCUGCAUGAAAUACAGCGAAAAUGGAUCCGGGGAAGCUUGAAAUACGAACCCACCCCCACAUGACUGUCCGCAAUGGAACAUUCCCAAACAAUCAUGGCGGACGGGGGUUAGGUAAAGAGCUGUGGUCCCGAGCUACAAGUCAAAAAGAGGAAAAGUCCUAAAACGGCUUCUUUGCUCGGUUCUGAGCGGGAAAUGGUGCGAUAGAGACGAUCUAGAGGUGUUGUAGAUCCGUUGUACGGGGUUGACACGGGGCCAUGGAGCGCAGACAGACGGCUACACCUGCCCACAGGGCCCGAUUGCGGCGACUAGUCGGCUCCGAGGAGGUCCGAGUCACGGACCGGGAGUUCAUGUCCAACUUACAGCGCAAACUGGAGCAAGAACGGGAGAUGAGGAUGAGGAAAGAAGAGCAAGCUCGUGCGAAGUUAGAACUAGAGCGACAGAGACGGGCGCGAAACUGGCACCCACCGCCCCCACCGCCCCCGCCACCUGGGCGGGGUGUGUCUGAGGAAACUGACACCCAACCAGGACAGGCCAGACAGCUUAAAGUCAAUCUGUCGUUAAACACAGCUGGUAUAACACCGCGAGAAAGGCCGUCAGAGAGUGGCGACAGCGGUAACGUUAGUACGACAAACACGGGUAGAACUCAGUACCGAUGGGAGGAAGGAGGCGCCAGGCCCAAACGGCGGACGCCAAGUGUGAGAGAAAUCGAAGAGUCAUACACCGUGCGACCACGUCGCUCCUCCCAGUCGGAAAACCGUAACCCGUCCGUUCGCAGGCCCGCGGGAACAAGCCAAGAGACACAAGCAUCACAGAGAGUGAUCAGUGGUACCUCACCAAGGAGGUCAAUAGUUCUGCGGGAAUCAGCCGAUGCUUCCACGCGAAGACCGCGUGUAGACUCCCAGGGUGAUGCCAGAAGCGAGUCUGACAACAGGAGAGGCGUGAGCACCCGUGACCAGCAGGAGGACAGGCUGUUGGACAGGCCACAGUCUGGACAGAGAACUGUCUUCUUCAGGACUCAGAACACGGCUCCAAGACGCACCUCAAGGAUGCUUGAGACGGACUCCAUAUCCUCAAGACAGGCCCAGGCUUCCUUAAACAAUGCUGUGUCCAGAACAAGAGGUGACACAGAGUCCCUCCCCAAUGUUACUAAUGGUGCGUCCCCGAGAAGACUGGUCACGCAAGGGUCGUUGUCUGCCCUAACGGAACGUGUCAAUGCGGUAAACUCUGGGGUGGUCUCGAGGAGAACUCCUGUCAAAUCCAGGGAAAUAGCUAGAGACAAUGCUGCAGUACCAGUGGCAGAGGCAGGAGGAGCUGUUGGGGUGCAGGCAUCCAAUGGGCAAACUAUAGAAAGAUCAAAUCGUGGAGUCUCGACCAGUGUCAUCGCUGCUACAGCGCCUGUCCCAUCCCCCCGCUCCCUCCUCGGUACUACCGCCCCCCGUCCCUCCUCACCCCCUCCCAAACCCCCCUCCAUCCACUCCCUGGGUAGCCAUGGUAACCAUGAUGAUGACUCGGAGCCUGAGGAUGAGGGCCCCUCCUGUAGGAUCUGUCAGAUGACAGAGGAGACAGUUGACAACAAGCUGAUCGAGCCGUGUGGUUGUGCUGGCAGUCUAAGAUACAUCCAUAAGGAGUGUCUGAAGCGGUGGAUGGAAACCCGACACAGGCAGGGCCACAAUGCGCGCAUCUGUGAGCUCUGUCACAAGGCUGUCACUAUAGAUGUGGGAGCUGAUCUAAGAGGGCCAGACCCCAGGCUUAGACUGGAGCAGGCAGAGAGGAACAUGAUGCAGUCUGGCCUGUAUAUCCUGAUGUUACUGCAGCUGUGUGAGCGCAGACUGAGUCAGCUGGUGGACAUGAUGGAGAACCCACCCCCACCGGGUGGAGCGCAGGCGGCUGCGGCUGCUGCAGCUGCUGCGGGUGCUGCAGGUGCCAUGGGGGUGGAGCAUCCGCUGGCCGUCGAGCAGCGCCAGUACAUGAUGGACAGGCUCAUGCAGCUCAGGCACGGCAUUGCCCUGUUGACCGCCAUGGAGGUGAAUGACAGCAGCGACGAGAACGACAACGAGAGCUACAUGUCCCGCAACGACAUCCGUCGGAUGGGUGAGGCACUCGCACGGGAGCGGUCCCAGCCACGCGACAGGAACAGAAGGGGCGGGGCCGGGAGGGGCGGGGCCGGGUUGUCAUAGCAACAGUUGUCAGGGUUGCCAUAGAACCUAUUUGCUGGGUAUCACAUCAGUGUUCAAAGUAGAUGCCGUGGGAACAUGAGGGGUGGGGCUGAGCUUUCAUAGUAAAUGUCUUCAUAGUAAACAAAAAACACGUGACUGGGUCUCACGUCAGUGAUUAGUGUGGAUAUCAUUCACAAGUUAAAAGCAAGAAGAAAGAAAGAAACUUAUAGUUUUGGUAACUUGUCAUGGUUGUUGUAGAACACAUGGCUGCUUCUCACAUCAGUAUUGAUAGUGUAUGUCAUACAGCUUAACUCAAAAGCAACAUAAAAGAGGCAGAAGAGCAUAAUUUUGGAAACUUACUGUUUGUCAUUGUCAUUGCACCUGCUGCCAUAGUUACUGAAGGGUUGGGUCUUCAUCAUCAUCAUCAUAUCAUCAUCAUUGCUAACAGUGUGACUUUUGCAAAGAGAAGACUCCGUCCAUGUAACUUCACGACUUGUACAGAAAAUAGAGAAAUGUGUUUACAAAGAGGCAUAGUAUUUUGUUGUAUGAUAUGCAUAAGUAGUAAAGUAGUAAUAGUAUUUUGCUGGUAUCGUUCAUAGUAUCCCUCACAACAAGUGGCCAGCCAUACUUAAGGAGGCAUCACAGAGAACCACGUCAUAUGAUGUGUGCGAUAUCUCCGGAUCCAUAGCAAAUUGAUAUGCUCAUAACUUGAAGCACAGUGAUGAUGUAAUGAUAGAAGAAAGGUUUACUUUUCUAGGAACGACUUGUUAGAUGGUUUUAUAAGGUGUUAACACAGUACGGAGUUGUAGAAUAUGUUGACUAAUGUGGGCAUAUUAAGCUACGGUUACACAGAACCAGUAAACGACUGACUCCCUACUAUACACCUGAAUAGCCAACCUAUUCAGACCUCCCAUCCACAGCCAAUGUUUUGAAACAUACAGGACUGAACCAACCAUUGGCCCAAUUGUGGUAGAAGGUCAGGACGGCUAAUGUCUAUGUAUGUGUAACCUGAGCUUAAGUACAUGCACAUGAAAAAAAACUAUCAUGAUCUCUGUGGAAUUUCUUUUACCUGCCAGGUGUAGUCUUCCAUUUCUUAUCUGAUUUGAAACUUUGAUGUUAGACCAUUUAAGAAAUUUUCGAAUUCUAUGUUUGAUAUCCUUGUGUCUACAUUCAAUUUGUUAUUUUUUAUGUCUCUUUGUAUGUUUAAGGAAAAUAAAUAAAUUAUGUUGAAAUAGAUACACCAUAUUGCGUGACAACAUUUUAGUCAUCUUGAAAAUAUGCAAAAGUUUAUGAGUAUUAGUAGCCGUCCAUGCCUCGAAAACAAUUUUAUUACAUAAAAUUUUCCUCUAUGGUAUCAGAAGUGGAUAUCUUUUGAAUAAAGAUGCUUUUAUAUAC